UGAAGCUAAACCCGGUAAGCUAUAAAGAAGUUACAGGGGGGCGCUUUGGGCUCCCAAUUAGGAACAGUACCGGCUCCCAACACUACGGAGGACUCGGACUCGGAAAACACCUCUCCUGUCCCCAGCCUGUGUUCUCCUCCCGCUGCUACCUACCCCUCCCCCAUUCAUGCCCAUGGGAAGGUGGCCCAGGCACACUCUGCGGGCUGCGGGUGACAGCCGGGAGGCUGCCGCUGAGGCUCCGCAAGCGCGCAGGCUUGAAAGCAGUUAGGGGGCGGGAGCCUUAGCAGCCUCCGCGGCUCUCGAGGACGUAAGUGAUCUGAAAGAAGUUACCCGCGAUUCCUGUUUCCUACAAACCAGCUCAGAACCAGAGGAGUUGGAAAACAAACGUCGGGUAUUAUUAUGUCGAUUUCCCAAGGACCCGGGUUCUUACCGCGGAUCAGAUGAAAAGGUUGGCUCCUCGGGAGUCCUUCCAGCAUUUUAUACUUAGAGUCCCAAAGGAUUGCCCGGAUUUGCCGUGAACCAGCAGCUUUCUUUUAUACUUACACCUCACGUUUUCAAGAAAGUAUUUUGUUUGCCGCAUUGCCCUGUCCAUCAUUCGUGUCUUCCCGGAGCAAACUUCAGCCUCCUGUUUAAAGUUAUGUUUUUACCGAGUGUGAUCUCUAAUUGAAAGUUAACUUUUGGUUUUGGAUGAGUCUGUGGAGUUUACGUUGUAAGAAGAAAGGGAGCCCGAGACACGAUGAAAGAAAAGUCUAAAAAUGCUGCCCGAACGAGGAGGGAGAAAGAAAACAGUGAAUUUUAUGAACUGGCUAAAUUACUGCCUUUACCCUCAGCCAUCACCUCCCAACUGGACAAAGCAUCCAUCAUCAGACUCACGACCAGCUAUCUCAAAAUGAGAGUGGUCUUUCCAGAAGUCAGAUGCAAGUUCCGAAUGCAAACUCCUGGAUUCUUGCGGUAUUCCCUUAUGGGCCCGGGUAUUUCUCGGAGAAAGGAGACAGACAGUAACAAUAGCGAUUAUUUAGGGCUUGGCGAGGCGUGGGGCCACACCAGUCGAACCAGCCCCUUGGACAACGUUGGUCGCGAACUCGGCUCUCAUCUACUCCAGACUCUGGAUGGCUUCAUCUUCGUGGUGGCCCCAGAUGGGAAGAUCAUGUACAUUUCAGAGACAGCUUCAGUUCACCUGGGCCUUUCUCAGGUAGAGCUGACUGGGAACAGCAUCUAUGAAUAUAUCCACCCGGCUGACCACGAUGAGAUGACAGCCGUGCUCACAGCCCAUCAGCCCUACCACUCUCACUUUGUACAGGAGUACGAGAUCGAACGCUCCUUCUUUCUAAGGAUGAAGUGUGUUUUGGCCAAGCGGAAUGCUGGCCUCACCUGCGGUGGCUACAAGGUCAUUCACUGUAGUGGCUACCUGAAGAUCCGCCAGUACAGCCUGGAUAUGUCUCCCUUUGAUGGAUGCUACCAAAAUGUGGGCUUGGUGGCUGUGGGUCACUCCCUGCCUCCGAGUGCUGUGACAGAGAUCAAACUACACAGCAACAUGUUCAUGUUCCGAGCCAGUCUGGAUAUGAAGCUUAUUUUCCUGGACUCCAGGGUGGCAGAGCUGACUGGAUAUGAACCUCAGGACUUGAUUGAGAAGACCCUGUACCAUCACGUGCAUGGCUGUGACACCUUCCACCUACGCUGUGCACACCACUUACUGUUGGUGAAGGGACAAGUGACCACCAAGUACUACAGGUUCUUGGCGAAGCAGGGCGGCUGGGUCUGGGUGCAGAGUUACGCCACCAUCGUACACAACAGCCGCUCCUCCAGGCCGCACUGCAUCGUCAGCGUCAACUACGUCCUCACAGACACAGAAUACAAAGGGCUACAGCUCUCCCUGGACCAGAUAUCAGCCUCUAAGCCCACUUUCUCCUAUACCAGCAGUUCCACUCCCACUAUCUCGGACAACAGGAAGGGGGCCAAGUCAAGGCUCUCCAGUAGCAAGUCAAAAUCUAGGACCUCCCCAUAUCCCCAGUAUUCGGGAUUCCAUACUGAGAGAUCGGAAUCUGACCAUGACAGCCAGUGGGGUGGAAGUCCCCUGACUGAUACUGCCUCCCCACAGCUCCUGGACCCAGAGAGGCCUGGCUCUCAGCACGAAUUGUCCUGUGCGUAUAGGCAGUUCCCAGAUCGCAGUUCUCUCUGCUAUGGUUUUGCUCUGGACCAUUCCAGGCUGGUGGAGGACAGGCACUUCCACACCCAAGCCUGCGAGGGAGGACGGUGCGAGGCAGGCAGGUACUUCCUGGGAGCACCACCUACUGGGAGAGAUCCCUGGUGGGGCUCUCGAGCAGCUUUGCCUCUUACCAAGGCCUCCCCGGAGAGCAGAGAAGCCUAUGAGAACAGCAUGCCUCAUAUCACCUCCAUCCACAGAAUCCACGGUCGAGGUCACUGGGAUGAAGAUAGUGUGGUCAGCUCUCCAGACCCUGGGUCAGCCAGUGAAUCUGGUGACCGAUACCGCACCGAACAGUAUCAAAAUAGCCCACAUGAACCUAGCAAAAUUGAAACUCUCAUAAGAGCCACCCAGCAGAUGAUUAAAGAGGAAGAGAACAGAUUACAGCUAAGGAAAGCCCCUCCAGACCAACUGGCUUCCAUUAAUGGAGCUGGGAAAAAACACUCCCUCUGUUUUGCAAACUAUCAACAGCCCCCACCCACAGGUGAGGUCUGCCACAGCUCUGCUCUUGCCAGCACUUCACCAUGUGACCAUAUCCAGCAGAGAGAGGGAAAGAUGCUCAGCCCUCAUGAAAAUGACUAUGACAACAGCCCCACUGCACUGUCUCGGAUAAGUAGUCCUAGUUCUGAUCGCAUUACAAAGUCUAGUUUAAUCCUGGCUAAAGACUAUCUACAUUCAGAUAUGUCUCCCCAUCAGACAGCAGGAGACCAUCCUGCCAUCUCUCCAAACUGUUUUGGCUCCCACCGGCAGUAUUUUGAUAAGCAUGCCUAUACAUUGACUGGUUAUGCCCUGGAACACUUAUAUGACAGUGAGACUAUUAGAAACUAUUCCUUGGGCUGCAAUGGCUCACACUUUGAUGUGACUUCCCAUCUAAGGAUGCAACCAGACCCAGCACAAGGACACAAGGGAACAUCUGUUAUAAUAACCAAUGGAAGUUGAUGUUUUUCUAAAAUAUUUUGUUCUUCAAGGGUCUCUGAAACAUAUUUAUAGUCUAAUACCCCAUUAGCAACAUUUACUAUGCCACAGAUUGUUAGAAAGUCUAAGUUAAAUUUUAGAGUUAUUUGAUGAGUUCCUGUGAAAUCAAAGAAAACAUAGCACCGACAUUCAAGGUUAUACACAGGUAAAUGAGCUAAAAUGUAUACAGAAAUUGCCCACAUAUUAUAGAGGAACUAUAACCGAUACAUUUAAUUUGAAAAAAAACUAAUGCAAAUUAAGCAUGUAUACCACAUGGAAGGGCUGAUGAAUAAAAUCAUUGUGUUGUGACAAUCUAGUAGAACUUAUACACACAGAUCACAUGCUGCUCAUAAGCUGCUAUGUACACUUCUCAUGCAUAAACAUACAAAUGCCUACUUUUCCUGAUUGAUUGCCAAGAAAUAUCAUUUCCCAAAAUAACUAAGGAAGAAUGGGAUGUAUCUUGUAAACCAAUUCCUUCUUCAUCAUUUCAAACUAGUCCACUCAUUUGGUUCAGGCAUAAGUUAGAGAAAUGGUUCUAGCUGUGGUACACCCAUGUGUUUUUACCUGGUAUCUAUUACAAGCAAUCAGGAAAAGCUGAUUUUCCACUUGCUUUUGAGUUAGACAUAGACCAGGAUUGCAUUGGCACAACAGUAAGGAAUUUUCUAAAUCAUACCACUGAUAUGUUGGGAGAUACAUUAAAAAAAAUGGUCUACUUAAUUUUAAGUGGCUUAGUGAAGGAAAGGGCAGAGCAGAGUAGAGUGACACUAAAUCUCCAAGCCACUUUGAAGGUGGAAGUAGACAACAUUUUGGCAGCUAGUAUAAGACACUAAAUAAGAAAUUUAAAUCAGUUCACCCAGACAAAAUGCUGGUAAGUACACAAGUAACCAAAGAAGAUCUGAAAAGUACUACAUGACAACAGGAGACGCAUGUAAGAACGUCUCAGAGCACGAUAGGCCAGUGUGUCAGGAUAUGGAAAGCCUCCGAGUCUAAGACAAAAGCUGAGGCAGGUGGACACGUGGUUCAAAGAGUGCUUGGGGAAGCCACAGGGAAAGUGUGGAUUUUCUUUGCUGUUUGUAAACAAAGAAAACAACAACACACUUGCUCAUAUGUCCAUGUGGCACAGUAGAAAGUCAAGUGAACUGUGUGCCAAGGUCUCUAUUCUGACCUCGCCUUUCACUUAGUUCGGGGUCCUUAGGUGUAUCACUCGCAGUCCUUGGGUCUUGGCUAUCUGGUCUGAAGGCAGCUCUUGUCCACGGUUCUGUGAUUUAUUGGUACUGAAAGUGAACUUGUAAGCAGUUAAAACCCUGCUGUAAUUUUCACGACUGGUGUUUCUGGAUUUUCCAUUCACAAGCAGAGGUCUAAAUACUUUGUUAUUUAAGUAAGGUCUGGGCUCUUUCAGGCAGGAAGAGUUGCACGCAACUUUCUCUUAAGAUGCAGCCAAAUGUAGGUGCUAGAAAUUUAUGAAAGAAGAAAAAUAGUAAAAUUUAUUUAAUGCACAGUUCUCUCAUACUCAAAGAAAAAUGACAUGCGUGGUUAGAAAGGUUUCAUAGAUAAUAUUUUUUAGAAUUCCCAUGCCUGCUACUCUUGCCAUAUUUAAGGAGGAGUGUGGUCUUGAUAAUUAUGAAAUCAUUACUUGGCAUUGGACACUCAGGGAUUAGUACUGUAUUUUCAUCACUCAACAUGAUCAUUUGGUGGCCAUCUAUAUGACAGUAAGUUGAGAGUUGAAUAAUGGGUUAUUUGUACAUGAGAGAAGAGGCUACAUAAAAUUAAAUACUACUUCUUGGGUAUAACAGAACAACAUCGCCAAUGAAAAUGGAGAAGCAUGCAAAUCAGUGAGGAAUAUAGUUUAUGUACUUAAAUAUGCUUUCAAAAAUAUUCAAAGGAAAAUGAAAAUUUUAAUUCUGUAAGAAAAAUAUUCAGCAAUUUUGAGAAAAUUGUGUAAAAGAAACUCAUAGGGCAGAUGAUUUGAAUAAAAUUUCAGCAUGAGGGAGUUUUUCAGGAUGGUGAAGGUUUUACAGAAUUCUAUAGAUCAAACAAAUAUACGAUGAAUUUGUAUUUUGGGCAGAAAAUCUCUACAAGUAGGUUCUAUUUCUGGGUAGGUAUACAUUAGUGCAUCAGAGGUACCCUCUGAGAGAUGCUUGUCACUAAAGGAAUUCCAACAGAGCUUUUAUGUAGAGAAUAAUUCAUAUAAGAAUAAAUUGUGACCUCUACAGGCAAAACCUAAUGCUUCCCAGAAUGCCAUAACUAAUAUUUUAAAGGAAGAUGUAUCCAUUUAUAUCACAUUUUGAUUAACAAUCUUAGUAGAUUGGCCCAUUUAAAAUACAUUAACCAUUAAACAAGUGUCAAUUUUUGCAGUGGCAAUUUUAUAAUGUUGCAUAUAAUGCCUCAUAGACUCACAAUAUGUAUAGCUUACAUUGUUUUACAGAAUGGCCUGAUUAUUAUAAAUGACCCAAAAUUAAUUGAUCUCUACAACUAGGUGACUUCAUACUGUUCAUGUAGAUAUAUAAAAUGAAUUUGUAACCUACAUUAUUUUGUUCUGUGCAGGAACAUAUUUGCCCACAAAGAAUGUUCUAUCUGUCUUAAAAUGUGGGAUGUAAAAAAAUACAUCCCCAGUAACUUAAUCAUUUAGUGUUAAAUUUAAAUUUGCUGCAUUUUUAACCCUUGAUUUCCCUCUCUUUACUAAAAAAUGGCAAUCCUGAGAGACACGUUUCCUUCUUCCACUUUGGGGAUUCAUAAAAAUAUGUUACAUACAAUUACAUAAGAAGAACACACACAAUUCCUUAUUCUCUAUGAAGCCCAUUCUAUCUGGAAAUAGUAAGAAUAUCUCCGGUGCUCAUUUGCUUGUUUUACCAAGAUAAAAUUUAAAACCGUGAAUGACCAAUGAAAUACAUGUUUCCCAAAUUUUCCUUGGGAAAAUUCUGUUAACGAUUAUUUCUGAGAACAUACAGUUGAUGUAUUCUUUUUUUGAUGUAUUCUUAAGGUCAGAAACACUGUAGGGCAGAUAUUUGUGUGUGUUUCAGCUCCACAAAUCUUUUGACAUCACAUGCAAAAUCUAAUGUAAUAGAUUUUUAAAAACUGUACUUGCCUGUACAAGACACUAUGACAGAACUGCAAAACUAUGGUACUACACUAGGGUAGACACGCAAAAACAAACAGGAUGUAAUAAAUGAUUCCUUCAGUGUUUAUACAGAAAACCACUUAUUAUUUCCUGGUUAUACUUUAUAGGGCUAGAGUGUUCCCAGCAAGUACUGUUCUUAAUGCUGUCUGUAUACUGCCUUUGGGGAGAGAAUCCCACUUAAAAAUAAGCUUUAAUGAGUUCUCCUAAAAAGGAUAAUAUGUUCCAUUUUCCUUUUAAUACAAUAUUUGGAAACUAUGACUAGAUAUCUUAAGAUAAAAUGAAAUUUCCCCCCAUCUAACUUCUAGGUAAUGUAAGUGAUAGUAUAGCUGAUAACACUCUGAGUACAGACUGGCUAUAUAAUAACUCUAUCUCUUGCUCUGUAUUUUUCUAUCUGUUUUUCUCUCUCAAAACCUGCUAGUGACUAAGCUAUUUAUAUGAUCUAUUAGUACUAGCAGUAAUUGAGAGUGACAGAGUGAGAACUGAGUACUUGACUGGGAACCACUCAUCUUAUCACUGUGAUAUAGUAAACUUUGUUUAAAAAUUUGAAUGUCUGGAUUGGGUUCUUAGUUCAUUCAAAUGAUAGAUGCAGGCAUGCAUCCAGUUUUCCGAAUGACUUAAAAAAAGAAAGAAAGUUCUCUAAAUACAUAAUUGAGAAUUCAUGUAAAGGCCAGGAUUGUGUGGAUAAGGAUUUCACUGUAGGUAAAAAUCUGUUGGCUAGCUCUUACUGUGAAAAUACAUGAUGCAUAAGACAUUGUAAUUUUAAGUGGGUGUCAGAACAGCUGUGGAUACAUGCAAGUAUAUCAUAAAUAGAAAAUAUUCUUGGAGGAAAGUUUUGUGUGGUUCUUAUAUCUUGUGCACAAAGGUUGUACGGGUAGUGCUUAAAUUCAAAAGGUAAGAUGACACUCAAUUCCACAUAGACAUUUGUUUCAAAUUCCUUUUCUAAAUUGUGUACAGAAAGCACACACACACACACACACACACACACACACACACACACACACACACACACACACACUAUGACUUCUACCUUACUUUGAGGAUUUAAAAAUAUGCUGUAUGCCAUGUGAAUGUAUGAUGAUUCACGCAAGAAAUUCUAAUUGAUAAUUUUAAUCUAAGCAUUGUAGUUUUAUGUACUGGGAUUUGCUGUGUGAACUUGCCUUCAUAACCUAGGUAAAAGGACUUUGUCCUAAUCUGCUAAUCUUAGACAUAUCUAGUCAAUUUCUACCCAAUAAUUAUGAUGUGUUCUUUUCAUUCAAAAGAAAUGAAAUUGGCAUGGAUAAAUUUUUUACAGUCAUUGUAACUUCUUUUCAAAGGAACAGAUUUCAAAGAGGAAAGAAACAAACCAGAGGCACUUCAAGAAAGAAAAAAUAUUUUAUUGUUGUUCUUUUGACUUACAUGAUAUAAAAAGGAUUAUAUUUGUGAGAGAAGAUAUUGGUUCGAAAUACCCUCUUGCAAUGUAUAGUUUUUAGUAAUAUUGUAGCAUAAACUUGUAAUCUGAACUUUUACUUUGGAAUGUAAAGUAGGAAAUAAUAGCUAUGUCAAUGAUAUCUUGCAAAGUGUCCCCAUUUAUAAUUAUUUAUAUUGUAAAUAGCUUUCUGAAGUAAAAUUGAAGUUAAUGUGCAUAAAAUGUAUUUAUUAUGUGAGGAAUUUUUGGUUUAAAAUAUAGUUACCAAUAUGCUGUU